AUGGCCACCGACGUAGAAAAAAUCGGCCGUGCCAAUCCCACCGUCAUCGACGACCCCGUCGUGACCAAGGAGAAACUCGCCCUCGACCAGGUCGACGGGGCCCUUGCGUUCCUGCGCAAUGAGGCCGACGCCUCCAUCGCCGAGCUGGACGAGAAGAAGCUCCUGCGCCGCAUCGACCGGCUCAUCAUGCCCAUGCUGUUUGGCGUGUAUGUUCUCCAGUACAUCGACAAGAGUCUGAUCAACUACGCCAACGUCAUGGGACUCAGCAAAGACACACACAUGAGCCCCGCCGACUUCUCGUACCUGGCCACCUUCUUCUACGUCACCUUUGCCGUCUUCCAGCCCGUGCACGCCUACCUGAUGCAAAAGUUCCCGACGGCCAAGUACCUCGCCGUGAAUGUGGUUUUGUGGGGCGUCACUCUGGCCGUGCACAGCGCGUGUCACAACUUUGGCGGUCUUAUUGUGGUUCGCUUGCUCUUGGGCGUUUUCGAAGCGUCUAGCGCACCGUGCCUGAUUUUGAUCACGGGAAUGUGGUACAAGCGCGCGGAACAGCCCUUGAGAGUGGCCAUCUGGUAUCUGGGUGUCGGCGGCGGAACCAUCGUCGGGGCUUUGGCUUCGUUUGGCUUCCAAUUCUAUCACGCCGACACGUUCAAGUCGUGGCAGAUCAUGUUUCUCGUCUUCGGCAUCAUUACCGUCGCAUGGGGCAUCGUCGUCUUCCUCGUCCUGCCCGACUCUCCCAUGGCCUCGCACUUCACGCACGAGGAAAAAGUCCUGGCCAUCGAACGACUGCGCGAGAACAUGACGGGCAUUGAGAACAAGACGUUCAAGAAGCCCCAAUUCAUCGAGACUGUCAUGGAUCCGCGCACGUUGCUCAUCGCCGUCAUCAUCAUCGCGGGCAACGUCCCCACGGGCGCGUGCGGCACGUACUCGUCGACCCUGAUCAAGGGGUUCGGGUACACGUCCAAGGAAUCGGCCUUGCUGAAUAUUCCUAGUGGAGCCAUUUCCAUGAUCGCGGUGCUGUCGGCGUCGUGGUAUGCGGGUAGAUUCAACAAUCGGGGUUAUGGCAUCGUCGCGCUCCUAUUGCCCGGUGUCCUGGGUGGUGGUUUGAUGGCGUUUCUGCCCAAGAGCGACAAGGCCGGGAAACUGGCGGGCAUUUACCUGACUCAGAUCUUUGGACCUAACCUCUCAAUGAUGUACUCCUGGGCCGCGGCCAACUACGCGGGCCACACCAAGAAAAUCACCAUCAACGCCAUCAUCCUCUUCGCCUACGGCGCCUCCAACAUCAUCGGCCCCCUCACCUUCACCGGCUACACCGCCCCGGAAUACAUCCCUGCCAAGGUCGCCAUCAUGGCCUGUCUGUCGCUCGCCAUCGUGACCGCCUUGAUCCUCCGGUUCUGGUACGCGUGGGAGAAUAAGCGCCGCGACCGCCUCGCCGCCGCCGAGGGAUACGUGCACGUCCCCGACACGGAGUUUAUGGAUUUGACGGAUCGGCAGAAUCUCGAGUUCCGUCGACCCCCGAAGCUCACAAUUCCCAAGGCCAACCCCGAAUACCUCGCCCUCAACUGGGACAGCAGCGGCGGCGGCGCGUUUGCCGUCAUCCCUACAAACGAGAAAGGCCGACUUCCCGAACGUAUACCGCUCUUCCGAGGACAUACCGCCGUGGUCUUGGACACAGAUUGGUGGGUCUUCUUAUGGAGAGUCCCAGACGACUUCACACUGCAUCUCGACAUUCCCGCGGAUGAGGUCCAAGACAUUGCCCCAGUAGGCAAACUCAGUGGCCACCCAAAGAAAGUGGGACACGUACUUUUCAAUCCUGCCGCCGAAAAUGUCCUGGCGUCUGCAGCUGGAGAUUUCACGGUCAAGAUAUGGGAUAUCGAGUCGGGCUCUUCCAAGCUGUCGCUCAAGGUUGGCGAGGUGAUCCAGUCCUUGUCAUGGAGUGCAAACGGCUCCCUCUUGGUGACGACUUCCCGAGACAAAAAGUUGAGAAUAUGGGACACCAGACAAGAAAAGCCUGUCCAUGAAGGCCCGGGCCACGCGGGUGCCAAAAACAGUCGCGCCGUGUGGAUGGGCGAGCACGACCGCAUCGCUACAACCGGCUUCUCCAGAAUGAGUGAUCGUCAACUGGCGCUUUGGGACGUCCGAAACGCACAAGAACCCAUCGACGGGUUCCAGAUGCUCGACUCGAUAUCGGGCGUCUGCAUGCCCUUCUGGGACGAAGGUACCCAGUGUCUCUUCCUCGCAGGCAGAGGCGACGGCAACAUCCGUUACUACGAAUAUGAGCACGACAAGUUCGAAUAUCUGUCCGAGUACAAGUCGUCCGAUCCUCAACGUGGGGUCGCGUUCAUCCCCAAGAGGGGAGUCAACCUGCACGAGAACGAGGUCGCUCGGGCGUACAAGACGGUGAAUGACAAUUACAUUGAGCCUAUUUCAUUCAUUGUGCCUCGGAGAGCAGAGACGUUUCAAGAGGACAUCUACCCCCCUACCGUCGGAUUGAAACCCGCGAUGAGCAGCAAGGAGUGGCUGGACGGUGCCGAGGGAUUGCCACCGAAGAUCUCCAUGGAAAGUCUAUAUGAGGGUACCGGCAUCAAAGAAGUCGCAUCCGAUGAGGCGAAACCGGCCAAAAAGGCACCCGAACCUGUUAAAGCUGCUGAACCGAAGAAAGCCGCGCCCGAGCCUACCCCAGAACCCGUGCCAACGACGAUCCGAUCUCCCCCACCGUCCAUGAAGGAACAAGGUGCCACUAUGAUGGGUGCUGCGGACAAAUUCAAAGACACCGAGCCUACGGAAGGAGGAGAUGACGAGUCGGAUUUCGAGGAGGUCCAGAAGCCCGUGGAACGGACAACUGCGACCAAGCCCGUCAUCUCCGAGGAGAAAAAAGCGCAAUCUCCCACUCCGGCGGCGAGUAAAGUGUGGGAAGACGUUGAGGAUCUCGAGCCAGCUCCUAAGCACAAGAUGACCGAGACGGAAAUGCCAGACGAGCAGACCGUCGAAGCGGGAGAGGCUUCGAACGUGGCCGAAGCAUCGCCAGCGUCAGAUUCCAUAGAGCGAGAGAUUAAGAACAUGAAGGCCCUGAUUGCCCAGCAGUCACGGCAGCUGAGCAGCCUGACCAAGACGGUGACGGAACUUGUCGCCGAGGUCAAGGCAUUGAAAGGGUCUUAG